UCAUUCUUUCAACAACACAGACAAAAGCGCGUACAAUCAGGGAAAAAACGCGAACCCUAAUCCCCUUUGAGCUGGAAAAUCACCUAUUCGGCUAUGAUUUUCAAAUUCUUAUCCCCGAGCCCAAGAGCUUUGGUGAAGUUUCUGCUCCUACUAUAAUUUUUGUUUCUUCUGUUUCGAGUCCAAGUCAUUGGUUUGGAGUCAAAAUCAUCUUUUUUGUCUCUGUCUCGCUGCCUGGGAAAAGAGGUAGAGGUAUGGACUGCGUACAUCUUAACCCCCCCAGACCCCACUAGGUGGGAAUACACUGGGUUUGUUGUUGAUCUUGCCUGUCACGAAGGAGAAGGAGACUUGAUAAGAUGAUUGAAAAGAGAAAGAGUAACUCAAACAGAAGACAAGUGCUGGAAGAUUGAAGGCAGAGAGAGCUGAGAGAGUAGAGAGAGACGGAGAGAGAGAUAUGGAAAAUGGAGGGGACAGUCUGGUGCCUCAACUUGUGGGAUGGAAUUUGAGUGAUUCAAAUAAUCCCAAUAACACUGAUGGGUUGUAUCAGGUUCUGAAAGCAGUUGAAGCCGCUGAAGCCACCAUUAAGCAACAGGUUGAUGAGAAUAAUCGGUUAAGAACAGAACUUCAAAAGAAGAUUCUGGAAGUUGAAAAAUAUAGAUCAGGAGAGCUGAAAGGUCAAACUCCUCAUUCAGUUGGUCAAUUGGAUCAUCUAAAUGAGGCUGAUGGAGCACAUCCGUCAACUUUGAGUUUUGGAAGUCAACUUCCUGAACUUAGAAACAUGGAUAGUAUAGAACAUAAUUUGUCUAGUAAUAUGGUUCUUGCAAAAGAUCCCAGGCAAAAUGAUUUAGACUUGACCCUGCAAAAUCAGGGAGAGAGCCAAACCGGCUAUAGCAAGGUGAAUGGUACAUUGAGAGCACUUCCUGGUGGUCUGACAACAACUGAUAACUCUGGUGUUUCUCAUUUCUCAUCACCUUCGGCAUCAUUUUCACCCAACAGGUAUCAAAUAGAAGGAGAAUAUGACAGACAGCUCAAUUUAUCUGGACAAAGUUUGAUGCCAGUGGCCGAUGUUAAUAGCAGUAUGAAGGAUCUUGUAUUAAAGAUCCAGGGGCAUGAACAGGAGAUUGCACAAAUGAGGAAAUAUCUUUCUGAAUAUUCUGUCAAGGAAGCACAAAUUCGCAACGAGAAAUAUGUUCUGGAAAAGCGAAUUGCUUAUAUGCGCAUGGCAUUUGAUCAGCAGCAACAAGAUCUUGUUGAUGCUGCUUCUAAAGCGAUAUCGUACAGACAAGACAUAAUUGAGGAAAAUAUACGCCUUACAUAUGCACUGCAGGCUGCACAGCAAGAAAGAUCAACAUUUGUAUCAUCUUUGCUGCCACUUCUUGCAGAGUACUCACUUCAGCCACCUGUAUCUGAUGCACAAUCAAUUGUCAGCAAUGUCAAGGUUUUGUUUAGACAUUUACAAGAGAAGCUUUUUGUUACUGAGGCAAAGUUGAAGGAGUCUCAGUACCAAAUGACACCUUGGCGCUCAGAUAUGAACCUGUCAAAUUUUGCUCAUUCACCUCCUCAGUCUGCUGGGAUAAAAGAAGGUCUUGAACUAGUACCACAACAAGCCUAUUCUAGCGAAAAGGCUCCUCUUUCAUCAGAUACUCGGACUACAACAGAUUGGGAUCCCGUGAGGAAUCCUCAGAGUGGUCUAAACCGUGAUGCAGAAAGAAAUCUGGAGACUGAUGACUUGGGGAGGUAUUCACCUCUUACAAGCAGGAACACUACAGCGCAAGUCAUACCAGCACAACUUGCAGUAGGCCAGGGUUCUACGCAUUCCAAACCUAAAAGCGAAGAAACAUCCAGUAAGCAGGUUACUUUUAGUGAUCUCAUCGGCAACAAUGAGAUGGAUGAUUCUGACAUGGAGAGACAUCAAAAUGAUAGAGAGCCUUCAGUCAAUUGGGCUAGUAAAAGCUCACCAUACACAUCACAGCUAGACGAUCCAAGCUCAUCGUACUCUCCAUACCUGCCACCAGUUCUCGAGGAACCUUCAUCGUCCUAUUCAGAAGCCGCAGAUGAAGAGGCACUACCUGCAAUAGAGGGUCUCCAAAUUUCUGGUGAAGCUUAUCCUGGACAGGAACUCCAAGCUUGUGGCUACUCUAUUAAUGGAACAACCAGUUGCAAUUUUGAGUGGGUUCGCCAUUUGGAAGAUGGAUCUUUUAACUAUAUAGAGGGGGCGAAGCAACCAACUUACCUUGUCACUGCUGACGAUGUUGAUACGUAUCUUGCUAUUGAAGUGCAACCAUUGGACAACCGAAAACGGAAGGGUGAACUCGUGAAGGUCUUUGCAAAUGAGCAUAGGAAGAUAACUUGUGAUCCUGUAAUGCAUAAUUGCAUAGAGAAAACCCUUUAUAGUGGCCAUGCUACAUAUAAAGUUUCAUUGUUGACACGAUAUCUUGAUAUAUGGGAGCCUGCUACCUUGGCUAUCAAGAGGGAUGGUUAUAGCAUCAAGGCUAAUGGGCUUGGUGGGGUUCCUGUUAGUGAGAAGUUUUCUCAAUCUACAAUUGUUUCUAUUCCAUAUGGAAGUCCUACAGAAUUUACGAUCUUUGAUAGUCGGGGAGCUGAGCAUAUUUUGAAGGCUGAGAAUGAUCAAGGAGACAUUAGCUGUUCAAGGGAUACAAUAGUCCUUACCAUGAGAUUAUUUAUUAUACGGGCUGGUGAGAAGAAAAAAGGGAGGAGGAGGGGUUUGUUUUUCAACAAGUGAAAAAACUAGUCAACCUUCCAAGACAUAUUUAUUAGUGCACUUGUAUUCUUUUGUGAGUAGUUGAGCUUUUAGAUCUGUAUUUAUUUUGCUUUUUUGGUUACCAGUUCUGUUAUAUAUAUUGUAAGUUCGUUCAGGUUAUCAUUGGCCUCAA